AUGCUCCGUCGCCCCGCGACAACCCUCGGCAUCACGGCCGAGGACAUCGCCGCCUACGAGGACCGCCGCGCGCGUGAGUCCAUGCUACGUGAGCGUCAGGUCCUCGUGCAGGCCCAGCAGCAGCAGCAACAGCAACAGCAACAAGCCGCCCUCGCCGCUCAGCAGCAGCGGAUCCUCCGGCAGCAACCCCAAUCACAACAGCAACCCUUCUCUUCGCCGCAACCGCUUCAUCAGCAGCCGCAGCAGCAGCAGCAACGGUACACACAAGCGCAGCUUCAACAGAUGCAGAGGCUUCAGCAGCAGCAGCAACAGCUCGAAGACGAGAGCAUGCUCACCGCCGAGGGCGAUGACGAGGACGAGAGCCUGGAUGAGUACGAGCUGCUGAGGCGGCAGCAAGAGAUGAUGAGGGCGCAGAGGGGGCAGCAGCAGCACGGGAGAAUCGGCGGUCUACAGACGACGCCCACGCCGGGUGACGGCGGACGAGGAGGGCGGACGAGGGAGGAGAGGAUUGGCGUCGGGCGACGCGGGAGGUGA